UGCGAGACAAGCGAUCAUGCCUAGUCAGACCUGAACAAGGCUUCAGGCAUGCCCUUUGUGCACGUACAAAAGUUUUAGUUUAAGUGAACCAUGGAAAACUCGGGCAGGCCUUACCGAGUUAGACAAGGUGGCUGGGAGAGAGGAGCAGCAGCAGCAGACAAGGCAGAAAGCUGGAGAAUCCAGGACCAGGGUCGGGGGCAGAACUUCAGAUUAGAUGGGGGUCAGCAGGGCAAGAACCAGGGUGGACCCUACCGGGCCAGUCCCAAGAAGGGAGGACUGGGGCCUGUGAGCUACUCACCUGGUGGAUUCAGAGGUGGUCACAGCCCUUCGCAGAAGGAUGAAGUCCGGUGGUUCUCAGGUCCUGAGAACAGUGGUGGGAGUCGAGAAGAUAACUGGAGAGAGCGCUCACAGCAGCAGAGCUGGAGGAGGAGUUCGCAGGGAGAAGGUCCAAAGGAGGACAGGGAGCAGGGAAGGAGAGAGGCCACUGAUAGCAGUGCUCAUAAAUCAGGGAGAAGACGGAGGAAUAGAAACAAAAAGAAAGCUUUCGCUGAAGAGAACAGGGGCCUUGAAGAGACCACACUCUCAGCCAAAGACCUGCAGAGCCUACGACAGGCUGAGAGACGGCUUAACAGAGAUGAGAUCUACUGUGUAAAGAAGAGGUCGCACAGCAAUCCUGGUGCACUUUACACCUGCACUCUGUGUGAUGUUCCCCUGGAAUCUCUGUCUGAUGCUUACAGGCAUAUCAGAGACAAACGGCAUAAGAAGAAGGCCAGGGAACGGCAAGAGCAGGUGAUGCUGAUUGAGAUUCUGCCUCCUGGUCCAGAGCAGAUCAGUGCAGUGAGCGCUGCAUUAGAGGCUGUUGUUCGGGAACAUGGGAUGAAUGAUGAAGAUGUUGAGAGGAGACAAUGUGUUGUCUCUAUCAUGCAGGACCUCCUUCUAUCCGCCCUGCCUGAGAUCAGGCUCAGACUAUAUGGAUCAUCUUGCACUAAGUUUGGAUUUAAGGAUUCUGAUGUCAACAUUGACAUUCAGUAUCCACCUCACAUGCAUCAGCCAGACGUCUUGUUGUUGGUCAAGGAGAGCCUCUCUGUUAGCCCUCUCUUCGUUGAUCUGGAAGCUGAUUUUCAUGCCAGGGUGCCUGUGGUCAUCUGCAAAGAGAAAAAUAGUGGCCUGGUCUGCAAAGUCAGUGCAGGGAAUGAAAACGCCUUCCAAACCACCUCCUAUCUUUCUGCUCUGUCCAAUCGGGAGCCUCUCCUCCUCCCACUGGUUUUGGGCCUCAGACGCUGGGCCCAGAUCUGCGUGAUUGACCGAGCAGAGGAAGGUGGGCUUCCACCUUAUGUCUUCGCCCUCAUGGUUAUCUACUUCUUACAACAGCGCAAAGAGUCCCUCUUGCCUGCUUACCUAAAACAAGAGAUUAAGGUGUUUUCCCUCAGCAGGCUGUCAGACUUCAAUCUCACACAUGUAGAGGAUGGAUAUUUACACUGGGCUUACACCCCGUCCUCCAAAGAGUCAUCACAGCCAGCAGAGGGCUCCUCUAUAAAGGGAAAGGUUGCGCUCAUGUUUCAGAGCCCUCACCCACCUGUGGAAAUUGGUGUUCUUUGGGUUGAAAUACUACGCUUCUACUCGCUGGAGUUCAACAUGGCUGACAAUGUGAUCAGUGUGCGGACCAGUGCUGUCCUCUCCCGAGAGAUGAAAGACUGGCCGAAGAAACGCAUCGCCGUGGAGGACCCAUUUGCUGUGAAGAGGAAUGUGGCCCGCACAGUGAACAGCCAGCAAAUGUACGAGUACAUCCUCCACUGCCUCAAAACCACGUACAAGUACUUUGCCCUGCCGCUCAACACGCCAGCUAGUAGCAAGCCCCAGGCACAGUGUGGACCCAUUAAAGGGGCAAAUGCCAAGACUUUGAAUGAAGAGAUUGUACCAGAUUUCAGUCAGCUAAGCAUUCAGUCACAACAUGCAAAUCAACCUAAAGCUGUAGAAAAUGGUCCUGAAGACUCUGAUUGCAUUAUUGAAGAAGAGGAGGAAGUUGAAGAAUUCAGUGACUCUGAUGAAGAGAGAGAGAAGGAAAAAGUGGAUCUGGGCAAAAGCAGUCUGUCUGAGGAUGAGGAGGAUGAGGAUGUAGAUAUUGAUGUGGACAUGCUCCACAGACACCACUUGGACAGCUUCACCACAGAGGAUGAGGAGAUUUUCCCAGUGGAUGAGAUCUCCGGGGAGGAGCUUUUGUCUGAUGAGGAGGGUCCCGAUUUGGACACACCUGGUUCAGUGGAUGAAGAAGAGGAGGAGGAGUUGGCACCUGCGAGCCUCUCACCUCCACCUGUAGAGGAUACAGUUAAAGAUGAGAGCCCAGAAAAUACAAACCUAAAACAGAGGAAACUGUCUUAUCAAUUCACCAGGCAGGCUUUCACCAGAGGGAAGUCACACAUGGUCGUGUGCAGCUUGUGCAAGCGUGACGGACAUCUGAAGAAAGACUGUCCGGAAGACUUCAAGAAAGUGCAGCUGGAUCCUUUGCCCCCAGUAACACCAGAGUUUCUCAGUGUCCUCAACAAAGUCUGUGAGCAGUGUUACACCGACUUUGCCCCAGGGGAACUGGAAGUGGGUGUAAGAGAGCACAUCCUUCAAGACCUGGAGACCUUUGUUAGACGACAGUUUGCUGGAGCUCGGCUACAACUGUUUGGAUCAUCCAAAAACGGCUUUGGCUUCAGGCAGAGUGACCUAGACAUCUGCAUGGUGCUGGAGGGACAAGAGACCAUUGAUGAUGUUCACUGCAUCACUAUAAUUGAAAGCCUGGCGAGACUGCUGAAGAAACACACAGGUCUGAAGAACAUCCUGCCCAUCACGACAGCAAAAGUACCCAUCGUGAAGCUGUACCAUGUUCGUACAGGCCUGGAGGGAGACAUCAGCCUCUACAACACUCUGGCCCUGCACAACACACAUCUGCUAGCUUCAUAUGCUGCCAUUGACAGGAGAGUGAAGAUCCUCUGCUAUGUCAUGAAGGUUUUUGCCAAAAUGUGUGACAUUGGCGAUGCUUCUCGUGGCAGCCUGUCAUCCUACGCUUACACCCUCAUGGUGCUCUUCUUUCUCCAGCAGAGAAACCCACCAGUUAUUCCUGUGCUACAGGAGAUUUAUGAUGGAAAGAAGAAACCGGAGGUGCUUGUUGACGGCUGGAACGUGUACUUCUUUGAUGAUUUAAAAACAUUACCCGGUCGCUGGCCACAGUGUGGAAAGAACAGUGAGACGGUGGGGGAGCUGUGGCUCGGCCUGCUCCGCUUUUAUACUGAGGACUUUGACUUCAGAGAGCAUGUUGUCUGUAUCCGUCAGCACGCCCGCCUCACCACCUUCAACAAGCAGUGGACGUCCAAAUACAUUGUCAUUGAAGAUCCUUUCGACCUGAAUCAUAAUCUCGGAGCUGGUCUGUCCAGAAAAAUGACUAACUUCAUCAUGAAGGCUUUCAUCAACGGCAGAAAGGUGUUUGGCACACCGGUCAAAGCCUUUCCUCCUGUGUACCCGAGUCAGAUGGAGUAUUUCUUUGAUCCUGAAGUCCUCACUGAGGGAGAAGUGGCUCCAAAUGACCGCUGCUGCCGCAUCUGUGGCAAGAUCGGACACUUCAUGAAAGACUGCCCCAUGCGUAAGAAAUCAAAGCAUAGAAGGGACUCAGAGAGGAGGCCAGAGCACCUGCGAGACAAAAUGGAUACAGGGGAGGACGGCAAGGAUCAGGUCAGACACAAGAGUGAACACUGGAGGAAAAGAGAUGCACUGGAGCUGCGCUGCUGCUACCUGUGUGGAUCAAGUGCCCACAUCAAGAAGGACUGUCAGCUGUACAGAAGCCCUGCAGGUAAUGUGAAGAUAGAAAGCUUUUCUUCCUCCUCUUCAGCCCACCUGAGGAAUUUAAGAGAAAAGGAGCGACAGGGUUCACCCAUACAAGAAGAGAAGAAGAAGAGAAAGCAACAAAAUGUGAUAUUAAGUCCACAAGCAGGUAGUUUAUCCUGCCGAAAUUUGGGUCGCUCUGGUCACAGGAAGAGCCCAGUGGAAUGAGCAGCAGCUGUGGCUACACAAACCACGAGGUUCAACUCUUGUCCAGGCAGACAGCAACCCAAAGUCCAGAACCCCUUAAAUCUGAAACAUGGGACUGUUGGGCCAAUGGGAGCCUGUUAAAAGCCAAAGCCAGGACGCCUUGACUUGAAGCCAAAUAGGGCCUUUUUAUGUGUGUUGUUUUUUCCCCCCUUAAAGCUCUCCUCCUCAGAGGAGCUUUUUUAAAGCUUUCAUUUUAACAAGACAAGCCAUUAUGCAUGCACCUCACAUCUUUGUUUACCUACACAACCAGUUUUUUUUCAAACUCAUUAAAUUUCAGCCAAUGUCAGUGUUGAGUCACCUUGAAAUUUCUCAAAUUAGAAAAUGUACGUAAUUGAGUUGUGUCUGUUACACUAUCAGUAAUAGAUCAGGUCUUGAUCACCAUAAUAACAUCUUAAUUGCAGACAACUUACCAUAUAUAUUUGUCUUAUAAUUGAUUGCGUAGGCUCAACAGGCCUUACUGUCAGUGAAGGCUCUUAACUACUAAAGCUGUAAGACAAAUGGACAUGGUGUUCAUCAAGAUCAAGGCCAUUUCAAAUUAAACCAAAAAGCAACAUCAGUUCACAUAUUCCUUAUUGUAUAAUUACAAGGUUUUUCCAAUGUGGUUCCAAUCAGGUUUCUUGAGAUUUUACCAAAAUUAUUGCAAUAUAGAUUUCAAAAACGUUUGAAUGGCAGUGUAUCUUUCAUAAUGGCCAGGAUCUUUUUUAGCAAAUUUCUUUUAAAACCUGUUUGAUUUGUCCUCUACACUGAAGUCCGUCAGUCUGUCUCUCCUUCAGCCUUGAAAGCAGCUCUACCUACAGUUUGUGUGUCUCUGUGUUGAAGAAACCACCCUGUAGAUAUUUUUUCAGGGUCAUAGUUUUAUUUUUUGAGACUGCCAAUCCACCUGUAUUUCAUAGAUACAUACUGCCUUCCAACUGCCUUUAAGUGUGAAUGGUAGGACAGUAAAGCUGUACUUCCUCUGCUAACCCUGUCCUGUGUCUGUCCCCACACAUGCUAGGAAGUGUGGUAACUGUUGUGCAAGAACAUAUAGUUGAGAAAGUUGAGCAAAUAGUUUCAUGCUUACACUUGGCAGUAAGGUUUUAAAAACAACAACAAUCAACUGGUCCAGCUGGUGGGGUACACUGCACUGUUCACUUACUCUAAAACUAAACUAUAGGUAAUCUCAGUUAGCUGAGCGGAGAGAUAAAUGUAUUUAUUUGCCACAAAGGCUUCACUUUGUUGUAAGGGUGCCACAGAUUGGUAGCUGCACUGUGAGGGUCCACUCCCUUUAAUUAUGUUGCUGCUAAUUAAUGUCUCAAAGACCUGCUUAUCUUUCAACUUCGAAUAUGGACUGUCUGGCUUUAUUGUUGUCCUAAUAUGGCUGAAUUUUAUAUAAAAAAAAUGUGUUGUUGGUGUUAUUGUAAUCAAGUUUCUCCUUUUAAAGUAGCUUUGUUUUAAUGCCAGCCUUACUGCAUUUUUUUCGUGGACUCAUGGGAGGUUUAGUUUGUUAUUAAGGAAUCCUUAUCCUGCCAGGACAGGUUGGCCUGUGAUCCACUUGUGUAAAAGAAUUCAUUAAAUUGAAAUCAAAUCCCAGUCUGGACUAUUUUUGUGAGUAAGGUUUUUGUUGUGUUUACAGGGAAUAGAUGUGAUGUUUUUUUUCCCCCAGUACUGAAGCCAAUAAACAAAACUGUACUAUUAAUAU